AUGGUCCCUUGGAAGCAUUUGUUCAACCAAAACCGUGCAAGACCAAGGGCUAAAUUCAUUUUAUGGUUGGCUCUGUGGGGAAGGCUGGGCACAAAGGAUAGAUUGGAGAAAAUCGGGAUAAUUCAUGACAAAUAUUGCUGUUUCUGCUUGCAGUAUGAAUCCUUAAAUCACCUCUUCUUUGACUGUGCUUUUACAGGUUUCAUAUGGCAUAGAAUGCUUGCUUGGAAUGGGUACACACGCCAUGAUGCAGAUUGGGAUAAAGAGAAAAGAUGGCUUAUAGAGGAGUUAGCCAAAAAAGGGUGGCGUCGAGAAAUUCUAAGAAUCAAUCUUGCUGAAACGGUAUAUCACAUUUGGCAAGAAAGGAAUGGGAUAAUUUUCAAGAAUAAAAGUCCAAAUCUUGAUGUUAUUAGAAGGAUUACUGAGAGUGUCAUAGGUAGAAGCAUUCUAGCUAAAAAGUUAAAGAUUCAUAUCAAUGCUAGUAGAGAUAGUAUAAUUUAA